AUGGCGGAUAUUGAUACAAAAAUCGAGGCUGCGACGUCGUCGACCGUUGCGCCUGUGGCUUCGGACUGCGAUGAUAAUUAUGAGUUUUAUAAGCGACAUCAAGGUUUAGAAUACACACCGGAAGAAGAGAAAAAGGUAGUGAGGAAAAUAGAUCUUCACUUGAUCCCGCUUUUGUUUUUUAUCUAUUUGUUACAGUAUUUGGAUAAAAAUAGUAUCAAUUUUGCGUCUGUGUAUGGUCUUGAGGAAGGAACUCAUAUGACAGGAUCGGACUAUUCAUGGCUCAGCUCUAUCUUCUACUUCGGUUACUUGAUCGCGCAAUAUCCUGCAGGGUUCGCCAUGCAGAAGCUCCCAGUCGGGAAGUUUCUCGGAGGCACAACAAUAGUCUGGGGCGCUCUUCUUAUGACAACUCCAGCGUGUCACAACUUCGCCGGUAUCGCCUCCAACCGCUUCAUUCUCGGCAUGGUUGAAGCCGUUGUAAAUCCAGGAUUUGUCUUACUUAUGAGUAUGUGGUAUAAGUCAAAGGAGCAGCCUCUACGUCUGGAGGCCUACUACUGUACCAAUGGCAUCGCAACUAUGUUUGGCGGAUUACUCGGAUACGCCAUCGGUCAUAUUACUACCGGCCUAGGUAGGUGGAUGUACGUCUUUUUGAUUUUUGGAUCCAUCUCUCUCGUCAUGGGUAUUUUUGCCCUAUGGCUUCUACCAGAUCUUCCAUCAACCGCCAAGUUUCUCACCGAGCGCGAGAGAGCUAUCGCAUUGGACCGCGUCGCUAUCAACCGACAGGGAGUCAAAAAUCAUCAGUUCAAGUGGUAUCAAGUGUGGCAAGCCGCGCGCGAUCCGAAAACGUGGCUCUUAUUCAUCAUGGCGAUCGGUGCCCAAAUACCUAACUCGGCAUUGACCAGCUUUACCUCCAUUAUCGUUGAAUCUUUCGGUUUCGACACACUCGGUACUCAGUACCUGCAGAUUCCUGGUGGUGGCGUGAACUUCCUCACUCUCAUUAUUGGAGGAUUCAUCGCUACUAAAUAUGAUGGAAAGUUUCACUCACGGAGUGCCUGCAUGAUAGUCGCUAAUCUGACAUGCAUUCUGGGAUCUGCCCUAUUGGUCGGUCUGCCUGAUUCAAACAAAUGGGGGCGAUUGGUUGCGCUUUGGCUAUGCUAUUUCCAGGGAUUGGGAUUUAGCAUGAGCCUGACAAUCAUCAGCUCGAAUAUUGCAGGCUAUACGAAGAAACAGGUGACCGGGGCUUUAUUGUUCACUGGUUACUGUGUUGGAAAUAUUAUUGGACCUCAGACAUUCAAGUCUACUGAGGCACCGGGAUACCAUAGUGCCUAUGUUGCAAUGCUUGCAGGUUAUGUGAUCAAGUUGAUCGCUAUCGUCACACUCUAUUUGUAUAUGUAUUUCGAAAACAAGCGUCGGGAUCGUCUGGCACUGGAGACUGUGAACUCAGAGGAUGGUGUGGAGGCAGGAAUGCUGGAUCAAACGGAAAUCGAUAACAAGGGAUUCCGAUAUGUUUUAUAG